ACGCGGCAUGAUGCGGAAGUGAAGUCGUCACCUGCAACCUGCAACCAUCCGUGGCUCCAACACCAUGUAAAAAGCUGAGUUAUAAAGCGGCUCUCUGGUAGCGCAUGGCAGCCGAGGAAGCCGGAGCUGUCCGUCGGGCCCCGGCCUGUCUGUGUGUCCUCUGCGGGUUACCUGCUGCUGGGAAGUCCACGCUGGCCCGCAAGGUCUUGAGCACCGCUGCGCAGCACGGAUGGAGAGCCGGUGUGGUGCCGUAUGAUGACCUGAUCCCCGAGGAUGCUUUUCAGACCAGAGUGGUGGAGGACGGUGUCAAACAGCAAGAAAUGCACACUGAAUGGAAGUUCCACAGACAAGCAGUUUUGGGCGGCAUUGAGCAGUUCUUGGAGAAACCUCAAGUUUUAACGGAGCUGCCGAGCAGCUGUCAGAUCGACAGGGCUGCAUGGGAACAGUGCAUUCGAGCUCUGCUGCAGCCUGAAGCCUUGGACCGCUCUCAGGCUGAGCGGGAACCACUUCUCUUUCUACUGGAUGACAACUUCUACUAUCCAAGCAUGAGAUAUGAAGUGUACCAACUUGCAAGAAAGUAUUCGCUGGGUUUCUGCCAGGUGUAUCUGGAGUGUAGUUUGGAGUCCUGCAUCAGCAGAAACCAGAGCAGGUCUGAACCUAUUCCAACUGAGGUGAUACUGGAGAUGGUGAAGCGUUUGGAGCCUCCAAAUCCACAGAAGAACUCAUGGGAGAAAAACAGCAUUUCACUCAACACUACAGACAUUCUGUCCAAAUGUGACAUCCAGAGGGUGAUGGAGUUGAUCUCCUCUGCACUGAGCAACCCACUGAGCCCACAUGUGGACAACACUGAACAAACGGAGGCUGACCGCCUGAAAUGUGCCACGAGUGUGGUUCACCAGGCCGACCAGGCCUGUCGACGCCUUAUCUCUGAAGCCAUGAAGACGGCCAGAGAAAAUCAAGUACCCCCUGAGCACAUGAGGUCUUUGGCCACUGAGCUGAACGAAUCCAAAGCAGCAUUUCUUCUCAGCCUGCGGAGACAGAUGCUUCAGGGAGCGUCUUUCACUCAAGAGGAGGACAUUGAUGUAGAACUUGUGGUGACAAGAGCGGUGGACGUUUUUGAUCAUGAAAGAAAAGGCAUCCUGUUGAGAAUCAUCAAUGAAAAUAAAUGAUCUUUUAUGAAUUUUCAAAGGCAAA